AUGUCAGCUCGCAGCUCUGGGUCAGGUUUUCAUCCCUUUGGUGGCAGAGUGAGCAGACAUUUUGGUGAUUCGCUUUCUCCCGACGAUGCCUACCUGUCCUACUACGAUGUCCGACUCACGCGCGAAGACGUCGAUUCGAUCAAGAGCGACUGGCUAACCGAUAACGCGAUAUGCUUCUGGGAGGAGUAUCUAGAGCGCGAGAAGCUCAUACACUAUCCAAAUGCCAAUAUCGUGCUCCUACGACCGUCCAUGAGCUUCAUGCUGCAGAAAACGCAGAACCCACUCACAAUCAAAUCCGCGCUCCCAGAUUUCGCAAAGACGACACAUGUGUUCUUGCCGAUCAAUGAUGCCAGGAGAGUGGACUUGGCGGAAGGUGGAUCACAUUGGUCGCUUCUGCUCGUCAGUGUGAUUGACGGCGUCGCCUUCCACUACGACUCACUGGGUGUUUCAAAUUACAACGAGGCCAAACUCACGGCGCACAAGAUAUCGCAGCUGCUUGGCAAGACUUUGAGAUUCAUCAAUCUCGACGACUCACCACAACAGCAUAAUGGCAUGGAUUGCGGGGUGUACGUAUGCCUGUUGAUGCAGUAUCUGCUCAUCUCGAAGCUGCUUAGAGCGCACGCUCAGGAUAAGAUCUCCAUGUCAUUGCGCGGAAAGGAGGUCGACGCUCGAGGCGGCAGAAAAGAGAUAUUGAGGGUCAUCGAAGCGAGGAGAAAGGAAGGCGAGAGGAGACGAUCGUGA